AUGGGACUAUCGAAUUUGAAGAUGCAAGCGGAUGCAGAGUCAGAUGGGGAAAUAACCGAGUGCGAAAAUACUCCUUCGGAGGAGGAAGCCAUGAUCGAGUACCAAAUGACGAUGGAUGCAUGGGGCGAUUAUCUCAAGUCGGUUCGUAUACAACACUCGUUGAAGGUAAAUUUACAAAACCUUAUGCAGGACCUUAUAAACUCGUCGCUCACCAUCAAGGAACAAGAAGACCCCAUUGGCAUGUCGUGUACUAGUCUGUCAAUAAGCAGUGGGGAUUUAAUUCACGACUGGGGCGAGUUAUUCGAAACGGAGCCUACAAGACUAAAUCAGUUGACUGCCUGUCUUGUCUACGCGAGUAUAUUUAUUCCGGCAAUGGUCGUCAAGUAUUACAAGACGGAACAUAUUAAAUCUUGUCAGUGCGCCGAACAUCAUUGUGGAAUGGGAGGGAAAAAUCAAUGGAAAAUUGCGCAAUACGAGGCUGAUUGUCCCCAAGGGGGAGAUACAGUAUUUCGACCAGAACGCGUGUCAUCUGAAGAAGGGGUCGAUGGAAUGGUGGAUACAACUCUUCAAACCGAUGACGAUCAAAAAGGAAGACCCGGAUAUCAAAUUACAACCAAAACAAGGAAAGUUUUGGAUGGCGAACAAGACGAUUCAAACGCAGACAACACAGGAACAAAUAGCACGUACCAUAACCGAAACGCAAAUAUUAUUGUACUUUUAUGCCAAAACGGUGCUUUCACAGAAGCAGAAGCUAUGGGAUUAUUUGCAAAAUCAACUGAAGGGAUUAACUUUGUUUGUUUCAAACAAUAUGCAGAAAAAAUCAGGACCUACUGUAACGUUAAAGACUCGAGCUACUGGUUCGAGUGGUUAUUUUUAUUAAAGGAAAUGGUUAUAAUGCCGCUGCUUAGUUUGUGA